AUGGCCGCAUCUUUGACGGCGCCUCAAAUCGCCGUCGUCAAGGCGACCGCCCCUGUUCUCAAGGAACACGGCACCACCAUCACUACUCUCUUCUAUCGCAACAUGAUCGAUGCGCAUCCUGAACUUCACGACUACUUCAACAUGACGGACCAGAUCACGGGGGCACAGCCGCGUGCUCUCGCCGCCGCCGUCUUCGCCUACGCCACGUACGUCGACGACCUUGCGCAGUUGACGGCCCUGGUGGAACGCAUCGCACACAAGCAUGCCAGUCUCGGUAUCAAGCCAGAGCAUUACCCCAUAGUUGGCAAGUUUCUACUGGAAGCUUGGACGGCAGCGUACGCGUGUCUCGCAGACAUUUUCAUCAAUCGUGAACAGCAGCUCUAUGCUGCCUUUGAGAACUGGACUGGCUGGCGACGUUUCAAGAUUCAGCGGAAGGAAGUGGAGUCGACCGAGAUCACCAGCUUCUACCUCGUGCCCGAGGAUGGAGGAGCACUGCCGCUAUAUCUACCGGGACAGUAUAUCAGCCUUCGGAUGUUUAUCUCUCAAUUGAAACACUGGCAACCACGCCAGUACUCACUGAGCGACGCACCAAGCACCGACUACUACAGGAUCAGUGUGAAGAGAGAGAAAGGCAAGGAGAUCGGCCUUCCAGGUCUGAUAUCGAACAAGUUGCAUGAGGAAUACAAAGAAGGUGACGUGGUGGAGCUGACUCAUCCAACUGGCGAGUUCUUUGUAGACCUCGAGGACAAGACGCCACUCGUUCUCAUCUCGGCGGGAGUCGGGAUCACACCUAUGAUCUCAAUUCUGAACAGCGUCGUCGCCACCGGCUCUUCCCGCCAGGUCUCCUUGAUACACGGGGCGCAUAGUUCAGAGGCUCGUGCCUUUGGCGAACAUAUCAAAGAAGCAUGUAACAGCCCCAAUAUCGAUGCAACAGUCUUCUUGACCACAACUCACGCGCAGGAGGUUCAAGGGGUCGACUACCAUAUGGAGGGGCGAAUGAGGUUGGAGUUGGUCAGCCCGGCGAGCUUGCACCUAGGCGACACCACCGCGCAUUACUAUGUCUGUGGACCCUGUGCUUUCAUGAAAGACAUCCGUAACUACCUACUCGCUUCGGGGAUCAGCGAAGCCCGAAUACAUCUUGAAGUGUUCGACGUUGGGAACGAAUAG